GGCGGUGGCAAAAUGGCGGCGGCAGAGGCGGGAAGCGGCGGAGCUGAGGGGACGGCGGCGGGCGGCGAUGGCGGCCCCGGGGCGCUCGGCCGCGGGCAGCUCUUCACAGCCGUGGUGGACACCUUCAUGGAGAAGCUGGUGGCGGCGGGGAGCUACCAGAGGUUUGCCAGCUGCUACCACCGCUUCUACAGGCUGCAGCCCGAGGUGACCAGGAGCAUCUACGACCAGUUCGUAUCCCAGCUGCAGGCUUCCAUCAAGGAGGAGAUCCAGGAGGUGAAGAGAGAAGGGAACCUGGAGGAGCUCUUUAACUCGCUGGAUAAGAUCGUGGAGGAGGCGAAGGACCGGGAAGAGCCCGCGUGGCGUCCCAGCGGGAUCCCAGAAGAAGACAUUCGCAGCGCCGUGGUGCCCUACCUCCUGAAGCACAAGUCGUACCUGCAGAAAGUCCUGAAGGAGAAGGAGGAAGAAAACAGGAAGCUAGCAGAGUCCGUGCUCGCGGGGAGGGAUCAGAUUGCUAAGCUGCAGCAGCUGAUAGACACUCGCAGACAAGCCUGGCAGGCAAUUAGUAAGGAGCAACGAGAACUCAUCAUGACCUUCAAGGAGCCCCAGUGAGGAAGCAGAGGGAUUCUGCACCUUGCACGCGGGAAUUUUAUCUUCAUCUCUGAAGCGCUGACGAUGCCUCGGGAAGUGGGACACCGUGUGGCACGUGCAAACCACGCGAACCUGAGUUCAUCUUGUCCGCCUGAAAGAAACUUGCGGCAGAACCAGAAAGUUGCUGGACUUGCACAAUUUGGUCAAAGUUUGUCAAGAGCUAUGACAGCGCGUCAGGAUGUUUGGGAACAGAGGACAAAUUUGUAU